AUGAACACCAGAUUCAGAAAGCUUGUGCCGCUACCGCAGAAGCCAUCCGUCAAAUGGCACCUUAUGCAUGAAGAGUACCAUCCCAUAUUUGCCCCCGAGCGUCGUGAGCAGGUGGAGUAUUGGUACAACAAAACAGCCACAGGGAAACAGCGCGAUUCGUUUCGUCGCAUCUGCCAGGAGAUUUACACACAAGACCCUGACAUGCAAGACCCUGAGUACACUGCGGAGUAUACCUGCCAAGUAGCCUUUUGUGAGGCAAAGAUGAUGAUCAAACACUAUGGGAUUGUACUUUCCGAUCUUGGGAAGAGGCUUGCCCGGAUAUGGAUACUGCAUGUGGCCACCCCACGUGAGAAGGACAACUUUCGCGAGGUGUUUACAGGUGCACAGUCCCAGUUUAUCCCUCAGACCGUCAUGAAAGUUGAUUACACGCCACCGGACGAGGAGGCCUACGAAGGCAUUGACCGCAGCAACUUUCUCUGUUGUGUGGAUUGGACAAACUUGGAGGCCCAAGAAAAGAGAGCGCAGAUCUACCGGCAGAGACACUCUGUCGAAUCUCUCCGCCUCACGAAGGAUAGACCGCGUGUGACGAAGCCAAAGAAUCAGUUUGAUGGGAUAUCGCCUCUGGAUGCUUUAGGAUACGCCGGCGACAAUGAGGAGGAGGCCAUAAGCAAACUUCGAAAGAAGCUUGAGGAAAAAGCGGAAUCGGACCGGUACUUCACCGUUGAUGGAUGCACGGUUUACGUCGCGGGGGGAGCAAAGAAGGCAAACCCCAGUACUAUCGGCAGCACAAAGCAUGGUGUUAUAGCAACGGUCUACGGCGAUUGA